AUGUAUACAGUUGGAUUAGAUGUUGAUACUAGAGCUUAUUUCACAGCUGCUACUUUAAUUAUUGCAGUACCUACAGCUACAUGUUAUGGUGGAUCUUUACAUUUAACACCUCCAAUGUUAUUUGCAUUAGGAUUCGUUGUGUUAUUCACAAUUGGUGGAUUAAGUGGAGUUGUUUUAGCUAAUGCUUCACUUGAUGUAGCUUUCCACGAUACUUACUAUGUUGUUGCUCACUUCCACUAUGUUUUAUCUAUGGGUGCUGUAUUUGCAUUAUUUAGUGGUUGA